UGUGUAGUGUUGACAGUUGACGCGACAGCUGACCCGAGCAGACGUAAAUUUGUAUUUUUUGAUAUUCUUUCUCGUUUCAUUCCUAUUAAUUAAUAAACAUGGCUGGAAAAAUAAGGACGAAACAGGACAAAGAUGAUGUCAUCGCCUACAGCGAGAUCGCCGUGCGAAAUAAUUCUGCAGUUGUGGAAUAUUGCAGAAUAUCAAUGGCAGCCUUAUCAGGAGGCACCGCUGGAGUAUUAGGUCUUACUGGAUUGUAUGGAUUUGGAUUUUAUGUUUUAGCUACUAUUAGUUUAUGGAUGAUGAUAUUGAUCAAAGCUGGAGGCGAGUGGAACAAGUAUUUUGUCAGUAGGCGCAGUCUUUUAACGAGUGGAUUCUUCAGUGGCCUAUUUACUUAUGUGUUAUUUUGGACAUUCCUGUACGGCAUGGUUCAUGUUUAUUAAAGCUUGAGAGGAUCACUAAUGUUAUUAUUUCCAAGUCUAUCACCUCAUCAAUGGAUAAUUGGUUUACAUUCGCAAUGCAAAACACUAAAUAUAAUUCAUAACAAUUAAUUAUAGGAAUUUUGCUGCAACAAGUUGUACAAAUAUUAGAGAUGUAAAUAUAUUAAUUGUAUGUAGUAAUUUGAUACUAUACCAAAUACGCUGCAGACACUGCACACAAAUUUAAUAAAUUUGUUUGAAACUAUCAA